AGAAAACUCAACGUUAGUGAGAAAAUAUUACGAAUAACAUCAUUAACUUUGUGAACGAUGUUAUUAAUUCUAUAAAUUUAUUUCAUUAAAAAAUUUAUUAGAUUGUAUUUUGUAUAAGGCUUUAGGACAAAGGAUUAAGGGAACUAAACUCAAAUCCGACGAAAAAAGCGAAACAUGGCGGGGGUAGUGCGAAGUUUCUAGUCAAGAAAUCAGUGGUGAGACUUUCAUCUGCCCCAAGCAUCCACACACCUAACCACUCACACACCCACCUACCCACCUACCCGGCCACACAUCCACCUACCCAUUCACACACCCACACACCCACCCACAUAUUUUCUGAAUAACCAAAACUUGAAUUUGUCUCUGAGAAAAGGUUCUAAUUAAGUAAAGAUCGUGAAUUGAGCUCAGUGUGUAUUUUUUCCAAAAGGAAUGAUAUUUUCUCGGCUGAUGAUCACAUGUUCUCAGUGUUAUCGAUGAGCUCACGUGAUCAAUUAAUGUUAUCAUUGCCGCGUCAUCAGCGUCAUUUCACGGAGGUUUUUAUCAAGUUGUCUACAAGACGACAUCAGAGAUAACGGAUCUUUAUCUCAAGAAUCCUCAAGCUCGUCGAACAACACUUGUUGCUACAAGUCACACAGCUCAUGAGGAUCAUCCAAGUGUUUGUUCUCUCGUUUCUUUGUCUCUCCACAACAAGGGAAGACUUUAAACUCACGAAAUGUUGUUGCUGAUUGUUGUUGUUGUUGUUGUGACCCUACCGGGAGCCGCCACCUGGUUGAAUGACUUUGGCGGGUCCUUUAGCUUCAGCUGUCCACGUGGUCAGUCUGUGUCCGCCAUCUCCUACCUCUACAGGCAAUACAAUGAUGACCACGUGUACAACUUCACCUGUUCUCCGGUGACAGAAGGUGGUCGCGAGUCUGGAUGCUCGUGGUCAGGUUACACCAACAGCAUAUUCGAGCCAGUCAACUACAGAUGCCCGACAAAUAGUUAUAUCGCUGGUGUGGACAGUUAUUUUAAUCACCCAUUCCAGAACAGGAGAUUUUCUUUUAAGUGCUGUGAAGACCUCACUCUCAUGCUGCAUGGCUGCAACACCACAGACUGGCAAAAGACUGGUGAACCUCUACACUUUACUGUUCCUGAAGGAACAUUGCUGAGUGCAGUUCACAGCCAAGGCAAUGAUCAAAACAAUGAUUGGCGCUUCAAAUUUGAAGUCUGCACCCGAGCCAAGUACCCGAACAAUGUGUCCACCCGUUUGGAUCUCCGCUGACCGCAGUAGUUCAUGCAGUUCCAUAACAAGGACAUAGCCUUAAUGUUAGUGUUAUUUUAGUGUUGUUGGACAGAACAGCAGCAGUUAUUACUAAUCAGCCAUUAACUGACAGAAAGAUCCGACAUUCAGUUGACAGACUUUUGUCAGAUCGACUAAGGUAAAUUAUGCUUUCUUCCACCCACUCACAAACUCACCCAACAUGUUUUCUCCGUCAUCUAGCGAUGCCUGAAAUAAAUAUAUAAAUACAGGUCUAUCUUAUUUGCUUUGUUGUGGUGUCAACAAAUAAAUUUAACAAUUAAAAACA